AUGCCUUCGAACGCAUCACGACCCAAAAUUUCCCACGAACAGGACAUCAACAACGUAGUCGGUGCGUCUAUCUUCUUCGCGUAUAUUGUGGCUGCCUUAGCCUUGACGACAUUUUUGACGUGGGAUCUGAUUGUCGCCCACCGACGAUGGAACACUUGCAGCCCAUCACGACGCGGAAACGGACAGAACCAUGCUCGCGAACUCGAUAGGAAAAUCAAGACAGCAACCUCUUUAGCGGUCUUGAGCUUCACGACACUGUCCUAUCACAUGCUGCAUUUCCUGAUCCGGUCUCAUCAACAGUGGACACUGAGACAGGAGCCAAUUUUCUCCAAUAUCGUUACAACCGACAGUGUUUUCAGUACAAUGACAAACCUUCGUAUCUGGGAAUGGGCAAAAGGAUCAACACUGUUCGAAGAUUUCGCACGAGUCAUCUGUUGUGACCCUCGGCGGUUCUGGUGGACUCAUCUCGUUCUACUGUACUCAUUUGGUUGGAAUUUGUACAUGAGUGUGAAAGGGACCCGACUCCAGAUUCCUCAUCUAUGGGCAUACCUCCUGCUUGAUCAGAUCUUACCGGUCUCCUUCACUCAAAAUCUCUUCGUCGUCGCCACAGCACUACAGGUGCAGCCUUCCUCUCCGAGUCAAAACUGGCAAGCGCCCGGGUCAAAGACCCAAGCGAUAAUCACUCUUGCUUAUCUAGCGAGUCUAACUGCUGCGCGCUUCUCCGUCGACAUACCAUAUUUCCUGCCAAACUUGGUUGUCAGUCGCCUUCUACUCUUCGCCCCAUUUCUGCUUCUCCGGCCCGCACUCCAGGCUCGAAACCCGCAGCAAACUGAAAUCGUGGUCAGUAUGUGGUCAAAGUACCGCCAUUCAAUCCUUGCGCUGGUCAUCGGUGGUAUCGUCAUGCAAAUCGUCCACACCGCCAUGAUACUCCCGGUUGUUACUCCGCUGGCCGCCGUCAACGAUGACCCAGCGACUAGUGCGCUCAGCUACGACUUCCUCCUUGGGCUUUUCAGUCUCAUUCUGUGCAACGUCGUCUGA